GGCACCGGUUCCUCAAACGUUUCGCGGUUGCCAGGGCGGCCCGCGGCUCCGCGUCACGUGCGAGUGGGAAGUCGCGCCGUCGCCGAGCUGAGCCGCUCGGGGCCCAGCGCUCUCAGAGCGAGCUGAGCGCGGGGUCAGAGCGAACUGAGCGCCGGGCCGCCGGCCACUGCCCUCUGCCGCCCGCCGCCCUCCCGCCCCGCCCCGGCUGCGGAGCCGAACAUGCUGGCCGUCGGCUGUGCGCUGCUGGCCGCGCUGCUGGCCGCGCCUGCGGUCGCGCUGGUCGUCGGGAGCUGCCACCCUCUGGAGGUGGCAAAUAGUACGGUGACGAGCCUGCCAGGGGCCACUGUUGCCCUUACCUGCCCCGGGAAGGAAGCAGCAGGCAAUGUCACCUUUCAUUGGGUGUACUCUGGCUCACAGCACAGACGGUGGACUACCACGGGAAACACCCUGGUUUUGAGGGCAGUGCAGCUCAGCGACACUGGCGACUAUUUCUGCUUCCUGGAUGAUCACCUGGUUGGGACUGUGCCCUUGCUGGUGGAUGUUCCUCCAGAGGAGCCCAAGCUCUCCUGCUUCCGGAAGAACCCUCUCGUAAAUGCUAUUUGUGAGUGGCAUCCGAGCAGCACCCCUUCUCCAACCACGAAGGCUGUGCUGUUUGUGAGGAAGAUCAGCACCAACAAUGCAAAGAAUGAAUUCCAGGUGCCCUGCCAGUAUUCGCAGGAGCUCAGAAGCUUCUCCUGUCAGGUGGAAGUCUUCGAGGGUGAGAAAGCUCACCACGUAGUGUCCCUGUGCGUGGCGAACAGCAUGGGAAGAAAGUCCAGCCGCAGUGUGGCGUUUCAGAGCAUGAAGAUUGUGAAACCUGACCCACCCGCCAACCUUGUGGUGUCAGCCAUACCUGGAAGGCCUCGAUGGCUCAAUGUCAGCUGGCAAGACCCGGCAUCCUGGGACACGCGGUACUACUUGCUGCGGUUUGAGCUUCGAUAUCGCCCUGUGUGGUCAAAGACAUUCACAGUGUGGCUGCUCCCGGUGACCCAGCAUCAGUGCAUCAUCCAUGACGCCUUGAGAGGGGUGAAGCAUGUGGUGCAGCUCCGAGGGAAGGAGGAGCUGGAUACUGGCCAGUGGAGCGAGUGGUCCCUGGAGGCCACGGGCACUCCGUGGAUAGAACCCAGGAGCACUCCCGCAGGGAUCCUCGGGAACCCCACUCAGAUUUCGGAUGAAGACUAUUUCUAUGAGGAUGACGAAUAUUGGUACAGAAAUUCUAUGGAAACAACAAACAGCCCGGCUUCAGUGCAAGAAUCUUCCUCCAUAUCCCAGCCCACGUUCCUGGUAGCCGGAGGAAGCCUGGUGUUUGGGUUGCUCCUCUGUGUCUUCAUCAUCCUGAGGCUCAAGAAGAUGUGGAAGUCACAGGCUCUGAAGGAAAGCAAGACGAAGUCUCCCCCGAUGUUUUCCCUGGGACAGCUGAAGCCGACCUUCCUCCUGCUUCCUUUGCUCAUACCAGCGAGGUCCCACAGCAGCUCUGGGUCUGACAACACCUUAAGCCACAGCUGCCUGGGUGUGAGGGAUGCAGCUUUUGACACCAGCAACACAGACUACUCAUUCCCCAGAUAGCAUGUGGAUGGGACCUUGGCAGCUGGCACGGUACCGGUACUUGGGGAGAUCAGCACAGACUCUUCCCACUGCCAUUCCUGUUCCAGGGUUGGGGGUGGGGGCGGGGCUGAGCUUUGCUAUCCCAGGAGAGCCUUGCAAAGGUUCUGCGUGGUGAAGCCUGGUGUGCUGCGCAGGCGCAGAUGGAAGGGUUGCGAGGACCACAGCCAGCAUGAAGAGAGCCUUCGAGGGCUGGCUGCGGAGAGGUGCUCCUGUCUCCACUCCUGCUGGUGGUUGGCGAGCUGCACCCUCGGGAUAGCCUCAGGGAACGGUGCCAAGGUCUGCCGGGCUGCCUAGCGCAGGCUCCCGCCCCAGCCUAGCUUUCAGUUUGAACUUUAUAAUCCAAGCGCCUUUGACAUUCUCUUUUCCUAGGCCAGCAAGGCCGGGGAGGAAGGAAGCUCAUUCCUGCUUUCCUUCUUAAUGCCCGGAAAGCGGCUGUCGAAGCCACUUGUGGUGGCUGCUGUCUCAGGGCCGGAUGGUUUUAAGUGGAAUGACAGUUCCUCACAAGCGUCUUUCAAAUGUGAACGGUGAUCCUAGGCACUGCUGACUGCAGGGGUUUACUCCUUUGAUCUCAGGACUUGAGGAGCAGAGAAGCAGAAAGAGCUAGAAGAGGGCGGGUGCCCACGGUCCGUGUUGUACCUGAGGGAGACACAGCCUCUGAAAACAUGUUCUCUGUCCCCCUGCCCUCAGCGGAGACAGCACAGAGGCCCAGAGAAUAGCUCCUCCACUCCAAGCUUGCCCAUACUGGUUUCAGCUGGACUUGAGCUACUAGGAAAGAUGACACUCACACAGAAAGAAAACUCUCACUGGCGAGAAGGCACUUGGAGUUUGCUUCUUAGAGAACCGUUGGCUGUUCUCUUUCCAUGCUGGAAGGUCACUGCUCUCUGCAAGCUGGGGGACCCCUGCGGGGUGAGUGCGCAAUCAAGUCAAGUGAAAAUCGAGAAGAAGGACUGUUUCCUAUCACAGAAACGACUUUGGUUUCGUUUUCUUUUCUUUUUUUCUUUGUCUUAAAAGGCAUAAAAAUAGUCUGUGUGUACUCUGCUUCAGGGAAUGAGCCAUUGUGAAUGCUCCCCAGGCUUAGGCAGGAAGGGUGUUUGCUUCCUGCUGCUUCUCACUGCCACCUCAGUUCAGUGGCCCUGAAGCAAGGGUUGCCUCAGUAGCUUUGCCCUGGGCCUCUGAGAAUCCAGCGGUGUUAGUGGUGACCCAGGAGACCACAGAGUGGCGCUGUGAUUAAGGGAGCUGGGCAGCUAAGAGCCCCUGACAUUUUCCAUGUCACAGAACUUUGCUGGUAGCUUACCUUUCCAGAAAAUGGCACAGCAGAGCACAAAGGCUGUCACAUCGUGGGGUCUGCUGGCCAGCUCUGAAGGGCCACCAACCAGAGCUGGUAGUUAUUUCUUUUUGAGCUUUGUACAUUUCAGGGUCUGUUGCUCGUGGUUGUCUUAGAAAAGCGCUGUUAAAUGGACAACAAUCGAGCAGGUUUUGUUUUUUUUUUUUCUUCUUUAUUAAGUUUCUGGGACUCAAGAGUAACAACAACAACAAAAUGCUGUGAAAGGGAAAUAUUAGAAUUAGUGUUUUGCAGGGGAGAGGUGACUGUGCCCACGCACAGUUCUUCAGUUCUUCACAUGGCUUUGCCCGCACGCUGUUGCCAAAGCCAGGCAGAGCAGGCUGGCGGAAGAUUGAAAUCCAGAUAGCUCAUUAUCUCUGAAAGCUAGGGAGCUUUGAUCUCCACGUUGUUAUUGCUUUCACUAUUAUUGUAACAGCACAGCCUCCCCCCACCCCCCGCCCCUUAUCAAAAGGUGCUUUUUCCUUUUGACUUUUCAUAAGCUAAUGUCAGGGAAAUGUGUUUCCUCUGGGCCCCAGGCUUGCUGCGGUACACAGGUGUAUGCCCUCAGCUGCUUCUGGCCUCAAAUCUGUGCCAGCUGAAUGGGUGUCCCCAUCCUUUGGGCAUUCUUCAUGGAGUUUCUGCAGCCCACAGGCUGCUUGUUAGCAGUGACAUCAUCAUUAACACACCGCGUCAGACACCCGGCAGCCAGAUGUGCAGGGUCCCGGAGGAGCAGAACACACCGGCUCAGGUUCUAAGGUGAUCUUUGGUUCUUAUGGCAUUAGUAAAAUAGCUUUAGGAUAUUUCAAGGGAGAAGCCUUGGCCACCCCCACGAUGUUUGGUGACAGUGCUUUCUCUCUGAGGUGUCACAUUUACACCCUCUCCCCUGGCUGGAAGUUCACCCUGAAUCUGGCCUAUGUCUCUGAAGUCUCAGGAGAAAGGGAACUAGUGUGGGGUUGGGUUGUGUGGAGAGGAGUGCAGCAGGGUGGCCAGGGUUGGCCGCAGUGGCAGCUUUAGGAGUGCCCGGCUGCCUGGGUUCUGAGCUGCAGGGUUUCCUAGCCACUGUUGGUGGCUGACCUCGUUGGGAAGGCUUCAUUCUCACACUCAACUGCGGGUGGAGGUGGUGAGAAAUGUGUUUUCAUCUGGAGAGGCAGGAGCAUCCCAAGAGCCUUUUCCAUGCUCCAGCCUGCUGCUGGAGAUGGUGUGUGGAGGGGGCAGGCCAGCUGGCUCAGGCCCUAGGGCUGGUAACUGUCUACCAAUGGUCUCUCCAGCCUGUAG